AUGACUUCUCAAAGCAGUAAUCUUAGUAAUUAUGGACAAGGUAUGGUCGCUUACCCUCAAAUCCCUGUCAAUAAUAUGUAUUUCCAAGAGCAACAAAUUCAAAUACCCGACACCGCUUACUUUUAUGGACAGCAAAUGAUUCCAAUGCAUGACGAGAUAAUAGCAACUUCAAGUGGUGAUAACCAAAUGUCUUCAGCGCAAAAUAUUGAUAAUGUUUUAGAAAAUUUUAAACAUGAUAUAAUUCAGUUCCGUCUUUUAUUAGGAUAA